AUUUGUGUUGUUGUUUUUAAUUUCUGGUUCUAAAUUGAGAGAACUCAGGGAGAGAGAGAGAGAGUGAGAGAGGGAGGGAGGGAGAGGAAUCUACCCUUUGAAUUUCCUAUCAGGCUCUGAGUGCCCAAAAUCUAGGGUUUUUUUGUUCUUCACCAGGGAUCUGAAGAUAUGCAGUCCAAGUCUGAAACUGCAAAUCGACUGAGGUCGGAUCCGCAUUCCUUUCAACCUAGCAAUGUUUAUUCUGAACCUUGGUGGCGUGGUAUUGGGUACAAUCCCAUGGCCCAAGCAAUGUCUGGGGCAAAUGCAUCCCAUUCAUCCUCUCUUGAAUGCCCGAAUGGUGAUUCAGAAUCCAAUGAAGAAGGCCAGUCUUUGGCCAAUAGUGGGUUGAAUGAGGAAGAUGAUGAUGCAACUAAGGAUUCACAGCCUGCUGCUCCUAAUCAAUCAGGAAAUGAUGGGCUAGAACACCAAGGGAUGCAGCGUACUUCAUCAUCUGCACCUUCCAUGCGUGAAGAGUGCCUUACUCAGACGCCGCAGCUGGAACUUGUUGGUCAUUCAAUUGCAUGUGCUACAAAUCCUUAUCAGGAUCCAUACUAUGGGGGCAUGAUGGCAGCUUAUGGUCACCAGCAGUUGGGAUAUGCUCCUUUUAUAGGAAUGCCUCAGGCCAGAAUGCCUUUGCCCCUUGAGAUGACGCAGGAGCCUGUUUAUGUAAAUGCCAAACAAUACCAAGGAAUUCUGAGGCGAAGACAGGCUCGUGCUAAAGCAGAGCUUGAAAGGAAGCUAAUAAAAGCUAGAAAGCCGUAUCUUCAUGAAUCUCGGCAUCAGCAUGCUAUGAGAAGGGCAAGGGGUACUGGAGGACGUUUUGCAAAGAAAAGUGACACUGAGGCCUCAAACAACUCAGGCAAGGAAAAGGAUCAUGGUUCUGGUCCAGUCCUGUCAUCACAAUCAAUUAGUUCAUCUGGUUCUGAACCAUUACCUUCUGACACUGCUGAAACUUGGAAUUCUCCCAACAUGCAACAAGAUGCAAGGGGAUCAAAAGCACAUGACAGAUUUGAAGCACCCAAUUAUGAAAAUGAUAGAGGAUCCUACCAUGGACAUAAUGGUAUGCAGUCUUCAAUGUAUACCUCAGGUGAAAGAGUGGAGGAAGGGGAUUGUUCAGGUCAGCAAAGGGGAAGCAUCUCUUCGAAGCACGCUUCACAUAGGCGUGUUACUAUUCAGUAGACCCCUGCAUGCAUGGGGGAUAGAUGCCAAGGUUGGUGGUAUGUAUACUGGAGAUAUAUUUGAUGAAUACCUUGGUUAUCUGUAAUCACUCUUGGCAAUAUAUAUGUCAAGCGGCAAAUCAUUCUUGGCUU